AUGUCUUCUAGAGCGCGAUUGACUCGCGUUACCACAUCACCACCAUUUGUAUGCUACGUUCCGGUACCCAAAUUGCCUCCUGACUCCGACACUGAGGAAUGGCUGUCGCUCGAGCUAGACCAUGUCAUUGAGGACUCUCCGUUUCGUACACCCACCUCUGAUGCGAAUCCGGGCGGGAAUACCUUGAUGCAUAGGGAUUUGGAGGGAAAUGAUAUUACUGAACGGGGCCAUGUCGACCCCGAACCCCCGUACCCGAACCCUCCAGACUUGCGGGACCAACCCGACCACCCAAGAGACGCCACCCCUCUAAAUGAUAGGUUGCACGAAGCAAAUUCGACGCGUACUGGCUCCCAAGAAUAUAUUGACCGUAUCAGUUUCAAAGACUGGAACGUUCGCGUACUGAUAGGGAACAAUUCAUUUAAGUUGCACGAACAUCAGUUAAGCAAGUUUUCGGCUCUGGAGAAACUCAUUCGAGCAGCAAAUGAGAACAGACACGAACCAGAUCCCGGCCACAGCACUUGCACGAGACUGGAGCUCCCCUUAAACGACGAAAGCCCGACUGAUUUUGAAAACAUGGUCGAGAUUUUGUACCUAAACGUGUGUGAUGGUGUGACAGACGAUGAUCAUAGCAUUCCAGUCCUGAAGUCAACACUCCGAUUGGCAACCAAAUACGAAUACGAACACAUGCGCGGAUACGCUAUCCUAUGCCUUGAAAAAAGAGAUCUAACGCCGAUUGAACGUAUCGAGCUCGCUCGUGAAUGUAAUAUCCCUUCAUGGUCAAGGGAAGCGUUGAGUGAGCUAUGCGCUCGAGAUGAAUUGAUCACUCUCGCCGAGGCAAGCAUUCUUGGAUUAGAUACAUUUUUUGAGCUAGCACACCGUCGUGAAGCCUUCAAAAUGGAGCAUAAACCAAAUCAUCGCCCAUCAAGCAAUCGAAGUCGGGGACGCCAGAACGUUCGGACUAGCCGAACUCCAUCCCCAAGUAGCCCAAGGAGGUCUCCCAGAAUUAACCUAGGAAAGAAUCGUGCACAACCGUAUUAG